AUGCUGCAGUUUUAUGGGACCAUUUUCCGCAUGAAACGAGGAAACCCAUUCAAGCUAAAGGCCCUGAUGGACAAGUGGCCUGAUUUUAAUACAGUGGUUGUCCGCCCUCAGGAACAGGAGAUGACAGAUGACCUUAAUCACUACACCAAUACUUACCAGAUCUACUCCAAAGACCCUCUUGGCUCACCAGAAGUCAUCGACUGGAAACAGCAUUUGCAGAUUCAAAAUAAGAAGACUGGGCGAGGUUCACAGUCCAGCCUGGAUGAAGCGAUAAAAAAUCUUGUAGCUAUCCAGGGCAAGGUCAAGCACACACAAGGCAUCCUCUAUAUGGCCUUUGAGACAGCCCGAGAACGGCUCCCCUCCCUGCUGAAAGGGAAGUUAUCAUCCGAUCGUGGCAAAUUCGGUUCCACCAACCAAGAAAUGUUUAAACUCUUAUCCCUGGAUGUCACCCACGCUGCCCUGGCGAAUAAAUUCUGGCAUUUUGGCAGCAAUGAGAGGAUCCAGAGAUUCAUCGAGUGCUGUAUCCAGACUUUCCCCUCCUUCUGGCUGCUGGGACCCGAAGGGACCCCUGUGUCCUGGACCCUGGUGGACCAGACAGAAGAGCAGCGGAUGGCAGGCACUGUGCCUCAGUACCGAAGACACGGUCUCAUCUUUCACGUCCUCUGUGCCCAGGUGCAGGCCCUGACCCAACUCGGCUUCCCCGUAUAUUCCCAUGUGUAUAAGGGCAGCCACACCACGCAAAGAGUGGUCUUCAAAAUGCAGGAUGUUCCCAUUCCCUCUGACUGGAACCAGUAG